AUGGCGUGGCCUUAUCGUUUCAUUCUCUCCGUCUCGGACCAGGAGCUUGAACGCCGGCGCAAUGUCCUUGAUACACGCGGGCAGUACGCUCAAGUCUCCGCGUUGGUCUUCCUCGGUGUUUUAUUUCUUUAUAGAUUACGGGGGAGUCAGUAUGAGCAACGCAAAAGAAGAAGCUGGUGGGAUGCACCUGCAAUUCGGGGCUCUAGCGAGACACGGAAGCAAUACACUGUUACAUUGCUGUGGUUGGCAUGGCUCGUGAGUCUUUGUAUAUGGAGAUCGGGCGAUGAUUACAUCCAUCUGACAAAAGCCCUGGGACACGUCGGCCUGUCUCAGCUGCCCUUUCUUGUCCUACUUGCUCCUACUUCAUUCUUCUUUACGACCAAUUCAACCUUACCUUCGGUCAUAUCUUACCUGACAUCGAUCCCUCAGCCCGCGUUAACGGCGUACCACCGCCUCCUAGGCCGGUUCGUCAUUGUGCCUCUGGUAUGCAGCCACGCCGCCUUAUUCCUGCUCUUCUACGUCCAAGUACCGCACCCCGUAUUCGGCACCAUCUUCGCGAAACGUAUCCGAGACCCCGAUGUUCAAUUGGGGGUAGCGGCCACCGCUUUUGCGACCCUCGUCCUGGUGUUUGGUCGGGCCAAUGUAUGGAGACUUCGCGAGCGGCUCAGCUUGGGGAAACCGGAGGCACGGCGGCAAUUGUUCUAUGCUGUGCAUUUGGUUCUCGUCAGGAUGAGGCCAUCUCGACUUAUUUAUCUUUUGGCCUUUCUCAUCAUAGCUGCCCUUACAUUGCUUCUCCUCCGAGAUUCGCCUGCGACCACGGGGCCCCAAGCUCCCUUCGACCACAGCUUGCCCGCUCACUUUGAGACCCUGCUACAACCAACAACCGAGGACUCGCACCCUAUCGCCCGCCUCAUCAACAAUGCCAAUGCGGAUUUCGAUGCAAAACGGGCCCGUCAGUCGAGGAGCUUGGAGCAAGCAGUGCAAGAGUACCGACGUCGCUAUGGAAUGCCGCCCCCGCCACAUUUCGAUAAAUGGUUCGACUUUGCGAAGAGGAGAGGGGUCCAAUUAAUCGACGAAUAUGACACAAUAUACCACUCACUGCUUCCUUUUUGGUCAUUGUCUCCCAAGACCAUCCGGGACCGGGCGCAUGAAGCCUUGGGCUACGACAAUGCCGUUAUUGGUCUUCUCAUUCGGGACGGCCAGGUGACCAAAGUCGAAGGUGGAGGAGAUGGAUAUAGAUGGCAACGAGAGGCCACUGUGGGGAUGAUGCAAAACUUUUUGAAAUAUUUGCCUGAUAUGGAUUUAGUCUUUAAUGUUCACGACGAGCCUCGUGUGCUUGUUCCGCAUGAAGAUCUCCAGAGAAUGGUUACAUACGCAAAGGAUGUAGCGAUCCCUUCUACCUUUGAGAAAGGUUCCCUACGCAACAAGUGGUCACCGCGGCCGUCAGACUUGAACAAAGGUGACCGUAUUGAGGAAGUCAGAACGACUCGAUUCAACAAAUUCGCCCACCAGCCUACUUGGACCCAUUCCCGACUAUCUUGUCCAGUCGACAGUCCCGCUCGCUCGCUCGAUGAAACUACACCCGACAAUAUGGAGCCUUAUGCUACAAGCGAUCUGGGUUUUAUCUACAACACUACGGCCUCCUCGGAUAUUUGUUUGUCUCCUUCUCUAAGGAACACUUAUGGAUUUUUUGACCGACCUAAUGCCUUUAACAUUGUCCACGACUUGUUCCCCGUCUUUUCGCAAAGCAAAAUAUCUAGUUUUCAAGAUAUCCUGUACCCCAGCCCUUGGUACUGGAUUGACAAGGUGCAUUAUAACGAGACGAGGGAUUAUAACUGGGAAGACAAGAUAGAUCAAUUGUAUUGGCGAGGGUCGACCACCGGGGGGUUUUCACGUGAUGGAGGUUGGCGUCGGCAGCAUCGACAGUUGUUUGUCAAGAACGUCAAUGCACCCCGUGAGCCCACGAUCUUCACUCAGAUGGAAGAUGGAAGAUGGAUCACCAAGAAGGUUCCACGCGAAGAGAUCCGGUCUUUGUUUAAUGUUACGUUCACUUAUGUUGGCCAGUGUGAUCCAGGCGACUGUCGUGCGCAGGAAGAAUACUUUGACGUUGCCGAUGCUGUUGACCAACAGGAUGCGUGGGCCUAUAAAUACCUAGUGGACAUUGAUGGUAAUGCUUUCAGUGGACGCUACCAUGCAUUUUUACGCAGCAAUAGCUUGGUCUACAAGCUCUCUAUCUUCCGCGAGUGGCAUGAUGAGUGGCUCGAUGCGUGGGUACAUUAUGUUCCCUUGGGGCUGAAGGGGACGGAUUAUGUGGAGAAUGUCCGCUACUUUGUUCAUGAAGAGGAGGGCAAAAUUCAGGCGCCACGGUUGGCAAAACAAGGGAAAGAGUGGGCAGGGGAAGCUCUUCGAAACGAAGAUCUUGAGGCUUGGUUUUUUAGACUACUGUUAGAGUAUGGACGUUUGGUUGACGAUGACCGAGCGAACAUUGGUUAUACGCUGUGA